AUGUCACAACUCAUCAACCCUGCCGACGUCCGCACUCCGCCCUCCAUCUACUCGCACGUCCAGGUCACGCCCAUCUCACCAACGAGCAGUCUCGUCACCAUUGCAGGCCAGAUCGGGGUCCCGCCCAACUCUGCCGCCGCGGCAUCGACUUUUGCUGAACAAGUUGACAUAGCUCUUGAUAACUUGAGAAAAUGUCUCGCAGCCGUGGGGGCCACCCCAGCCGAUAUCAUCAAAGUCACGCACUACGUGGUCAAUCUGGAUCCGAAGGACAAGUCCAGGCUUGAGGCAUAUACGAAGUUCAUUGGUGAUCAUCGACCGCCAGCUACGCUCGUGGGAGUGGCGGCGCUGGCCUGGCCGGAUUUGUUGUAUGAGGUCGACGCUAUGGCUAUUGUACAGAAGUGA